CACACUCUGUACCUCUCUUGAGCUUUCUUUUGCGGUGUCUCAGAGAGUUGUGUGUGCUGCCGCUGGUUCGACGCCUCUCUCCAUUCUGCCAGGGUGUGAGUAGUUAGAGUGUGAGGUAGACUGAACCUAUUAGACCGACUCCAGCUGUGUGGAGGAGCCCCGCACUUUUGUUCGAAUCACUUCCAUUCAGACGAUUGAAGACAUCAUGAAGUUUGAGCUGCUGCUGUUUGCCCUGGUUGGGCCUUUCUGUGCCAUCACACACGCAAGUACUCUGGUGGUGACCACAGCACAGGACCUGGCCAGUGUGACAGAAACUGUUAGAGAAGCUAUUGAUGCUACAGAGCCACCAAAGGAGCAGGUCACAACAGUAGCUCCAGAGGAAGCUGUCAAUGAAGUAUCUGUACUACCUGCUACUAAAGCUGCUGUGACAGAAACAGAAGCACAAGUAACUGAUACAGAAGCUCCAGUCGUAUCCACAGUGGUAGCUCCAGAUGGGCCUACUGUCACAGAAGCUACACCUGAGCCUGAUGAGACAACAAGUGUGGUAGUAACAGUGGCAGCUGUAGGGACAGUGGCAGCUGUAGGGACAGAGCCAGCUGUAGUGACAGAGGCAAAAGAAGAGGAAAAUGCAGCUCCAGAGGCCGAAGCAGAGUUAGAGCAAGAGACUGCAACACAGGCAGAUGUGGAAGUGGAAGAUUCAGGCUUGAGUACAGGCCAUGUGGUGGGCAUUGUGAUUGGUGCCCUGGUAGCUGUGGUCAUCAUCAUCGCUGUGAUAGUUGUGGUGGUCAGGAGGAUGGGCCAAUACUCGGCUGCAAAGAAACGAAAACCUCAAAAACAAGACGGCAUCAUGAUCUCUCCCCUGAAAAGGAAGGCAGCGCGACAGGAAGAGAAGAAGAAAAAGUUCUUGAAAUUCUGAACUACUGAACCGACGUCAUUUCCUGUCAUUAAACAAAAAGCAAGCUAGGAGCACUCUGAACCAUCCAGGACUAUGAGGACGGUGUACUCACGCUCCCUCCCCACCACCACCAACCACAGAGCUAUUGAUAUGGAUGCUCUGCCCAACCCCCAUCAUCUCCCCUAUGUGUACCCCCCUCCCCCACCCCCUCACUACCAAAGAUUGAGACAGGAAGUCAAACCGACCCUCUGUGUUCUUAGGCACAGUAAUGUAAAGGAAAAGAGAGAGAGGAGGAAUGUGAAUGUGCAGACACACCUCACAGAGUCAGGGUCUGGAAAGAGGACCUAAUGAACCACAUUAACAAACACACACAUACCAGCAACCUUAAUAUCUGUCGACAUAUCUCUUAAAAACUAGGGAGAAUUAUAGGCAAUGAAAUAAAUACAUACAUUUCUGUAUUUAUACCAGAAGAUGGAGAUCAUAAACAAUAAAAGUCUCAAAUCGUCGCUGUCAUAUCAAAACCGUGUACCAUCCUCUUUUUUUUUAGGUUUUUAACUUUUCUGAUAUGCAAGGGAAAUAUAUUUCCAUAUGUUUUUCAAAAGAUGUGUCAGGUUUGUAAUAAAUUUUGACAUAUGUGAAUUUAGAAAUGGACACUAUUACGUUUAUUACAUCUACAUAAGUGCACAUAUGUAAAUGUAUUGCCAUAUAUGCAUAUAUUGUCAUAUAUUUCAUUAUUAAAAAUGGCACAGGUAGACAUAUUUGGAACAUAUAUUUUAAAACAUCACGUAUAUUGCACAUAUAUUUUUAAUAUGAGCAAAUGUAUGUGCAUAUAAUUUUCUUCCAUGUAGGUAUUAUUGUUUACACCAUUGGAAAACACCAGCUCCCCUUUACAUUGUGUGAACAUUUCACAGUAAUGGACCAACAGAAAAGGUCCAAACUAAAAUAAUAGCUUGUUACAUUGAUGUACAUUCAGGUUAAGAACAUGUUGUCAUUCUUAAGACCUGAGUUUUUGUUACAACAGCGACAAAACACAAUCUUCAUCUGCCAUUAUCUUAAUUUUCAUAGCAUUCUGCAUAUCGUUAGCAUGCAUGCACACACAUAGACGCUCUAUGCACAUUCUUUUCCAAUCACAAUGACAGGUCAACUGAAAUGUCCGGCAGUAGAAUGAAGCAAUAAAGACAGCUUAUCACCAGAUUCUAAACAGGAGACUGUAAGCUGUUAUAAGCUGUCACAAGCAGACUCUGUUAGGAUGUCUUACGCCUGGUCUUAGUGUAGCUUUGACUGUUGAAUAAAGUUUGUUUCGUAUGUAGAUGUAACUUGACAUUCUAGUAGCUUUAACUGUGGCAUUUAAAGCCUUAAUCCGGAGCUGUGAACCUUAGCAGAGGGGCUAGCACCACUGACUUGGGGACAGCUGGAUACUUCCUAAAAAUGGCUUCUUUAAUGUGAAACUGAAUUGACUGUGUUUGUUAACAGCCUCCCUUACCAAUAGUAAAUCUCAUCUCAUUUUGCGUUUCCCAAAUUUGGACUAUAUUUACAGAUGUAAAAAGCCUGUAGACACCAUCUCUAUCUGCUGUCUACAAUAUGUGGUCUGGCCUUCAGAUUUGUGUACUGACCUCUGGUUCACUGGACUAGAAGUGGUUCUUUUUGCUGCAUUUUUAAGGGGUGUGUGAGUUAUGCUCUGCUUGCUUUAAGAGAUCAAUAAUACAUGCACUGACUGAUAAACAAUGUUUGGUAGAAAAGGCCUUUAGACACUGCAACCGUUUGCAACGAUGCUUGAUUUGCCUUUUUUAUGCUUCAUAGUCCACAUGCCAAGUCCUUUUACUGUCUGCUUUCAACAAAAGGCAUUUUAUUUAAUUGCAGUGUUUUUUCUCCCUUUUUGGAUGUUCAUACUGUUUAAAUAAAAAAGUGAAAAAAGAA